AUGGAAGGAGUAGGAGGUCGGUUAGGGAGGUCCUCGACUCGUUACGGAGGACCGGCGACGGUUUUCACGGGUCCGGUGAGGAAGUGGAAGAAGAAGUGGGUUCACGUCUCUCCCUCCACCAAGAAACUCAAUCACUCCUCCUCAUCCGCUUCCGACGGCGCUAACGGAUCGCAUUUGCUGUUCUUCAAGACUAAUUGGACUAUAGCUUACGUCUCUAUUGCAGUACUUGAGGAGCAGAAGAAUGAAGUUACAGAAAUUGAGGAAGAUGAUAAGGUUGAGGAAGAGGAGCAGAAGAAAGAAAUUGAGCAAGACGCAAGUGCAGCAGAGCUAAGUGAGAAGAGAGCACAAGUUGAGGAAAAACCAGACAUGAAUGAUGUUCCUAUGGAAGAUAAUCAACCUUACCCAACUUAA